CAUACUCUUCUAUCCUUCUGUCCUCCUAACCCACCUCCAUGGAACCCGGUCAAUUCCAUGCCUAUAACUUUUCCUAUCUGAUACUUCGAGAGUUGUUCUUUCGCUUGGUUGUUUGUUUUGAAAUUGAGUCUUCCCUUUCCAGGGAGAUAAUAGCCUUUUGGUUGUGGCUCCAAGGAAAUAGCCAGGCUGCUCUCCUUUUGAGCAUUGCGUCUUUUGAUGAUAACCAUUUUCAUGUGAUUGCUUCUACUGCAAAACCUUUUGUUGAGGUUCUCCAUUUUGAGUUUGAUGGCUCAGAUCCUAGAUCUGUACCAAUAAAUCACUUUCGGAGGGAAGCUAUUGAAGGGAUUUCUUACUACCUCAACAAAGUUUGUUAUGAGGCCUUGCAAGUUCUUCAAGAAAGAGCAAAGAUGAACUUUUUCCAUAAUCAGACGGCAGAUCUGUACGAAAGAGCCUAUGGACAAUUCAUGAAUGAUAGGGUUCCUAUAUGCUCGAUGACAGAUCUACACAAAGAGGCAUAUGGCAAUUCCAUGAAUGACCAGGUUCCUUUGAGCUCGAAGCACCUUCUGACCAAGAUCAAGGCUUUGUAUGCUAACACUCAAAAUCAUCAUGGUGGAGAAGGCACAAGUUCUAGAAAUCUGCAUCUUCAAACAAGUCAUAUGCUCCUUCAAGAUAUAAAGGGAGUAUACGAGUGUCAGCCAACCUCCCGUUUGGUGACAUUGUUUGAUAACUUGAGCUUCAGAGAGAGGCAUGAUAAUCCAAUCAUGCAGCAGCUAUCUGAUGUUCCACGUGAUGAGAGAACUUUGUUUGUAACAUUUUCCAAUGGCUACCCACUGACCAAAGAUGAACUGCACGAUUUUUUCAUGAGGCACUAUGGAGAUGUUGAAGAGAUAACUGUAGAAGAGCCAAUUGGAAACAAACAACCCUUAUAUGCACACGUUAUAUUUUACUCACAGGUGACGCUCUUCCGUGUCCUUGAUGGGAACUUGAGAGUCAAGUUCAUGACGAGGGGAAAACAUCUGUGGGCUCGUCAGAUGAGGGUGAUGGUGAGCAGAGUGGAAAUGAUGAGGAUCGCGAUAAGCAGGGUAAAAAUGAUGUUGAUGGGAAGAGUAGAAGUGAUGGGCCUAGUAAUAAGCACCAUGGAUGCAAUGGGGAUGAUGACGAUGAGCAGACUAAAAGAGAUGAGGAAACAACAAAUUACCAAGUUCAAAAGCCUCUCAGGAGGGCCCAAGCCACUUCACAAGGGCCUCGCCUCUAUCACCCUCCUCUUGACCUGGAUGUUGUGGAAACAUUGCAACCAGUGUAUUUUCGAUGGAGCUCGACCUUCGAUGAUGUCCCUCAUCACAAAGAUGGAUGAGGUGGCACUGUGGGCAAGGACUGGUAUCCCUGAUAUCUGGCCCAAAGGAUUAGCGACCAAUGGACCGAGGCACCGAGCCGAGUCGACCGAGAUCGAGCGUCUCGUCUCGUCGUCUCCUUGCGUCCGCCGCCCUGUUCUCUUCGGCCUCCGCGGCAGCACGGCUCCGCCCCUAACUCCCAGGCAGCUCCUCUUCGUCUCCCCCGGCCGUGGGCCUUCUCUGCUCUACAUCUCGCCGGAUACGACGCUCGGCCAGCCACAGCUCGCCGCCUUGCCGCCACAGGCCAGUAGCACUACUGCUCCAGAAGGCAGAAAGACUCCUGCUCGCCGCCGCAAGCCCGCAGCCCCGGACCACUGCAGGUACCGGGCAUGUACCGAUUUGGCGAUUUACAUCUCUGUUUUGUUUCCGAUUUAA